AUGCGUGAUGAGUAUGGACACGAUUAUAGCGACAAAGUGAAAGCAUAUACAACAGAUAUUCAACGAAAGAUAGUAGCAAAGGACCCAACAUGGGUUAUCGAUGCUUAUUACGAAGCAAUCGUUGCGAAACGGCCAAAACUUUUGUACCGAGUUGGCUGGGAUGCCUUAUUUCUAUUCUAUUCGUAUUCAUUUCUUCCAUUGCGCCUGCAACUUUAUUUCAUGCAGUUUCUCAUGCAAUUGCAUGGAGCACCAUUACCAGCGAUAACGACGAAGAAUGCACGUCCAGCGAUUCCGAAAUGGAAAAGCAAAGACAAUUAACAUUCCUGACAGAUUUAAAAAUAAGUUAUUUUGCGUCAGCACAUAGUUCCCGUCAUUUUCCGUAAUUCUACGUCAUUUUUUUCAAGUCUUUUCCAAUGGAAAUU